UCUUACUUUUUUGUAUUUUCUCUACAGACUUCUGUCAAUAAUUGUCAAUUAUAUUUCCACACUAAUCUGUCAAAUGUGUUGGAAUAAUAUUCAAUGAUGUUUUGAGAUUGGAAAUCUUUGACACGUUGCAAAGCACUUUUUCAUUGGGAAAAGGUAGUACAGCACCGGUUAUUUACUCCAUUCACUUUAAAAUCUUUCAGAAAUUUUCAUCGAAAACCAUGGGGAAAAAUUCUCAGAAUAAUAAAAAUUAAUCUGACAGACUGACAUUCAUGGAAACUUCCUUGCAAUAUUAUGGUCAUGUGAUCGCACUUUUACUUAAAGUCAUGUCCACAAGUGCGUGUAAAGGAAGUUACUUCCUUUUUAGCAAAUUAACAUUGAACAAUAUUACUAAAAUAUUAAUCUUUGUUUAAAUAUCUCUAUUUAUCGUUUAUAUUGUUUAUAAUUAUAUCUCUUUUUUGCGGAAAGAAAAAAUUGAAAAUACGAGAAUGUAGAAAUAACAGAGGUUCCGUGAAAUUCUGACAUUUCUCAACAACCCAUCCCUGAGACGACCCCGAUAAAGUGUGACAGUAAUCAGCUGUUUAUCCAAAUUUAAAGAUAAAUAGAUAAAUAAUAUCAAUUGUUUGGAUAAAAACACAGUUUUAUCAUGUUGAAAAAUUAUCAGCUAUUUUAUCUCAAUACAUUAACGAAAGAAGUAAACUGUGACAAUUAAUAAUUAAUGGAUUUAAAAUAUGUUCUUUGAGGCAGUUGAAAAAAAUUUUGGUGAAAUGGAAACGUCUUAAAAAUAUGUGAAGAAUAAAUCUUUAUCAAUUGGACAUUGUACAGAAAUACAUCUGUAUUCAAUAUGGAUUGGAGAAGAUGCGAAGAGACAUGGCCCUUUCCAAAAGUGGAAGCAGCUGAUAAUACGAAAAUUGAAACAGAUAUGUUACCAAAAAAAAAGAAAAUUAAACUUAGUUCACUUCUUCAGCCAAAUUCAAAUGAUCUUCGUGAAUUCGUGUGCGGUUGGGGAUCGGCUGUUAUUAAUAUUACAGUUACUUAUCCCAUAAAUAAAAUCAUAUUUAGACAGAUUUUGGAUGGUGUACCAGCGAGUGAUGCCAUUCGUCAAUUGAAACAAGAAGGUUUCAGUCUUCUUUAUCGAGGAAUUUUACCUCCACUCUGCCAAAAAACUCUUUCAUUGAGCAUAAUGUUUAGUGUUUAUGAGGGUUCAAAAGAAAGAAUUAGUAUACUAACGGGAAAUGAGGUUUUAGCAAAAAUUUUAGCAGCAAAUAUUGCCGGUGCAACUGAAGCAAUAUUAAUGCCACUUGAAAGAGUGCAAACAUUAUUACAAGACUAUCGUUAUCAUAAUAAAUUUAAAAAUACAACACACGCUUUUAGGUAUAUUUUAACGAAUUAUGGUGUUCAUGAGUGUUAUCGUGGAUUUGUUCCCAUUAUUUAUAGAAAUGGACUUUCAAAUCUUACCUUUUUCACACUUAGAGAUAAAUCGAAAGAAUUAAUGGGUGACAGGCAGUCUCUUUUGAAAAAUUUCUUUUAUGGCGCCGUUAUUGGUGGUUUUACGAGCACAGUUUUUUAUCCUUUUAAUGUGAUAAAAAUUCAUAUGCAAACAAAAAUUGGCGGUAAUUUCGAUAAAUUCACCACAGCUAUUCGUGAAUUGUACAUUGCUAGAAAUCGAAGUUUAACCAGCUUUUAUAAAGGUGUUCAUUUAAAUUACAUGAGAUCAUUCAUUAGCUGGGGUGUUAUUAACGCAGCCUAUGAUUUCCUAAAGAAAAUAGUCUUUUGACGAUAAAAAAAACAAUUAUUUAGGUAAUCUUGUUCUCACUAAAACCAAAAAACAAAAAAAUCUAGAGAAAAUUUAUUAAUUUUUGAUUAAUUUUUACCAUUAUUUUUGUAUAAUAUUUUUAAUUUAUGUCAAAUUUUAUCGAAUAUGAGAAUUUUAUUAGUUUUUGUAGAUAAAAUUUUACUAAAUCUGAGAUAACGUGAAAAAUACAAUUAUUUAUAAAUCUAUUCAAACGUUAAUUAGUGCAACAAAUAUAUGUGUGUAUAAAUCUAAUUUAU